AUGGCUGGCAAUAAGAUAGAAAAGCCUCAACCAGAGGUUUCCGAUGCGACGGACACGGCCGAGGCGUACACUGAGAAAGCCACACUGUCCGAGCACGACUUGGAAUUGGAACAAGCAUUGGCGAACUAUGCUCCAGACUCUCCGGAAGAGAAAGCCCUUGUGCCGUAUAUCGACAGGCAGAAUAUCGCCAUUUCGCUCCCUGCGGAAAAGUCCGUCGUGGCGGUGGCCCUGGUCAGCUCCGCCGGCAAUCUCUCGGCGGUCUAUGGCGGCAGGCUCUGUCCCUCGUCGGACGGCCCCCGGUUCGUAAAGGGGUUUGCGGUCACGGGCGCCUUCACCGGCUUCGGGAACACUCUGGCGGCACUAAUUCCCCUCAUCUUCUCUCACCUUACCAAGGAAGGCAACACCAAGGUUGAGAUGGAGAUCUUGGGGCGCGAGUGA